ACACCGAUGAAGACCUCAAUUCGGAGAACAAAAAAAUAACUUAUAUAAACGAUUUUAAAUAAUUUCAAAUAAAUAUGUAUCAAAUACAAGAAAUAAGCAUGUAUCAAAAACAGAACAAAUAAAAUAUGUAUCAAAUACCGGAAAUUAAAAAGAAUAACAAUAAUAAACUAAUAAUAUUUAUCAAUAAUAAUAAUAAUAAUAAUAAUCAUAAUAAAAUUAUGCUUAGCGUCGGGAGCCAGAUCGACCCCUUCCCUUCCUGAGAGUCAGAUCCUCGGGCUUCACGUUUCUAACUGACUCUCCAAAAAUCCUUCAAAGUUCAAACCCUAGCUUCCCUCUUCCUUAAAAAAAAAAAAAAAAAAAAAAAAUGGCGCAGAGGAAGGGCAGCGACCCCCAAGUGCUGGAGUCAGUGUACUCAGUAAUCGCGCUGGUCUUAGUGCUUUUCGCCUGCGUGGAGCUCUGCGACGGCGCCACUGUCGUCGACGUGUACCGACUCAUCCAGUAUGACAUCUCCGGCGUCCCCUUCGGAUCCCGCCUCGCCGGCCUCAAUCACCAUGCUGGCUCUCUGCACUUCCCUCCGGGUUCUGAUCUCUCCCGCACUGUUCUCAUCAUUCCGCUCCGCGAACUCAACAUUUCUUUUGUCAAAGAAUACAUUUCUCAAAGGCAGCCUCUGGGAGGCUUGCUGUUUUUGCUUCCCCAAACGUUUAGUUUUGGAAAUGAAGAUGACAAGGGGAGUAAUCGUCAAGAUCAUGGACAUUACCAAAUGAAGAAUGUAAUAGCAGAACUUGAACAGUUGCUUAUACACUCAAAUAUACCGUAUCCUGUAUAUUUUGCUUUUGAGGAUGAUGAUAUUGAGGCUGUUUUGGCUGAUAUCAAGAAAAAUGAUGCCACUGGUCAACCUGCUACUGCUACUACUGGCGGAUACAAACUUGUCAUUUCGGUGCCAGAACCUAGGAAGAUUGUAUCACCCACCAUUACUAAUAUUCAGGGAUGGUUGCCAGGAUUAAAAGCAGAUGGGGAUAAUCAUCUUCCAACAAUUGCUAUAGUAGCAUCAUAUGAUACUUUUGGGGCUGCUCCUGCUUUGUCUGUGGGGAGUGAUAGCAACGGAAGCGGCGUUGUUGCACUUCUUGAAAUUGCUAGGCUAUUCUCUCUUCUGUAUUCAAAUCCAAAAACAAGAGCAAAGUACAACAUACUUUUUGGGUUGACUUCAGGUGGACCUUAUAAUUACAAUGGGACUCAUAAGUGGCUCCGGAGUUUUGAUCAACGUUUGCGGGAGAGUAUUGACUAUGCUAUCUGCUUGAAUAGUAUUGGAUCAUGGGACAAUGACUUAUGGAUUCAUGUCUCUAAGCCUCCUGAAAAUGCCUAUGUAAAACAAAUUUUUGAAGGUUUCUCUAAUGUAGCAGUAGAACUGGGCCUUAAAGUAGGCCUGAAGCACAAGAAAAUAAAUAUUUCAAAUCCUCGAGUAGCUUGGGAGCAUGAACAAUUUUCAAGGCUUAGAGUUACUGCUGCCACCCUUUCUGAACUCUCUGUUGCUCCUGAAUUGUUAGAAAGCACAGGAGGGUUGGUUGAUAGCAGGCAUUUUGUGAACGAAACUGCAAUCAUGAGAAGUGUCAAGUUAGUUUCUGAGAGUCUUGCGAGGCAUAUCUAUGGCUAUCAAGGAAAGAACAUCGAAAUCUUUGCCGACAACAGUAGUUUAGCUGUGAAUCCUUUUUACAUAAGGUCAUGGUUGGAAUUUUUGUCACGAACACCCCGCGUGACUCCAUUUCUAUCAAAGAAUGAUCCAUUUGUCAUGGCCUUGAAAAAGGAAUUAGAAGAGCAUACUGAUGAAGUGAGUGUGCAACAUGAGGUGCUUGAUGGGAUGUUCACUUUCUAUGAUUCGUCUAGAGCUAAGCUUAACGUAUAUCAGGUUGCAAGUGUGACAUUUGACUUGCUGCUGCUUCUAGUUUUGGGAUCAUAUUUGAUAGUUCUAUUCAGUUUUCUUGUCAUCACAACCAGGGGUCUUGAUGAUUUAAUCAGUUUAUUUCGGAGGCCACCCUCUCGAAAGGUGAAAACAGCAUGAUAACUGGAGCAAAAUUGUACCAGAAAAGACUUAUGUGGCUUCGAUUGAAAUUGAAAGUGAUGAAACUGUCGGUGGUUUUCAUCCAUGUCUCGGUUAGUUCACAACACGAGGGAUCAGUUAACUCAUGGGAAGAUGUUUCUGAUUUGUUUGUGCUAGAAUGCAAACCAUCAAGAAGCCGGGAAAAUUUUUUUGUUUAGACUGAUAAUUUAACAGUGUACGAUUUCUUCAACUUUCUUGAGCAAAGUGUAAUGUUAAUGUUAGAAUAUGAUUGGACUUUUAAUUAACCAGCUAUAUAACAAAGAUUUUGUUGCUUA